CGUCCGCUGCGCACCGCCCAGAUCCUUCUCCUCCUCCUCCCGCUGCAUUCUUCGCCUCUUCGGCAACGCUUCCCUCCCCGGUGCAGCGGUGCCUCGCCUGCUCGCUCGACGGCCCUCUCCAAUUAAGCAGGGGACUGCGGUGCCACGCGGCCGACGAUGACCACUCCGGGCACCACGGCGAUGUUCGCCGGCCUCGCCAUCUUGCUGUUCUCCGUCAGCGCCGGAUUCAACUCCGGCGCCGGCGGAUUCGGCUUGCUACUCUGCUUCGCGGGGGUUCUCGCCGGCGCCAACAUCAUCGUAGUCGGCAUCCGGAUCUCCGACGCCGCCCUGACGCCCGUCGUCCCGGCAGUGUUGGCCGAGGCGCGUGCUCUCGCAGAGUUCCUUGGUCGCAACCUCGGCGUCGUGGGGCUCGUGAUGGCUUCCUGCGCCGUCACGGCGAUCUCCGGCGAAGCAGGCCAGGUGCUCUGCUUCGGCAUGUUUGCUCUGCUCCUCCUCGGCCUCUCCCUGAUCAGCGUUGGGAUUCUUGGCCUCUCCCAGAUGCAUUGAUGCAGUAACGACCUCCAAUGGAAGAAUCACAAUCACCACACCCUGUCUCUCGUACACUUACUACUACUGCUACUGUGUGCUUGCUGAUGUAGAAUCAUUCUCAUGCCGUGUGGGCUCAAAUAAUGAAGCUGCGCAACUAUAGUCCAAGUGUCCUUUCCUCUGGCCAUGUAAUGCAGUACUCUCUCUUCUGAGAGAUGAUGUAAGACAGUACUGUCUGUGAGCAAUACUCUCUUCUGGCCAUGUAAUGCAAUCCUAUCAGAGUACUACCACUUUGUGUUACUCAGUAUGG